AUGGCAGGCGAUGCGAUCCAUAAGGUACCGCCCGCCUCCACCUUAGGCGGCUGCACAGCUAUGAAAGAUGUCGUUGUUAUUACGAAUAACCUCCACGAGCUGCUCAGUUGGUAUCCGAACAAGAAGUGCACCGGUGUCGAAACUAAUGCUACAAUGCAAUCUUACCCAAACUCCCUAUUGGAGAGAGUCAGGACUAUUGUGAAGGUAGGUGGGGACCUGACGCGGCUCUAG